UAGCAGCUGCACUACAGGAGCCUCUCAGGUCAGGUACUGUACACCAGCAACCCUUUCCCCGCCCGCCUUUUGGGCUCAUCUGCCCACAACCGCCAGCAGUCCACUAGCGCCAAAAAGUGCACCCACACCCCCAGCCUGAACCCAUUUUCCGCCACUGAAAGUACUCGCCAUGCCCCUCUACAGCACUUACCAAAACCGGAGCUGGCGCUCGUGCGAUGGGGUUUGUCUGCGACCACCAAGUCUUCUCAUCUCUUUUUUCCCCGUAGAUCGCUCUUCUCGCGCAACCCCUUGAGCCCGAGUGCGGUCAAACAGCCACACGUCACAUAUUCCGUUGUUCUCUUCAUUGGCUUGGCCGCUGCGCCGCUGCCUUGUCCUCCGCAUCAUCAUCACCAUUCGACGGCCUCGUCUCCCCCUGCACGCUCAAAGGACCCGAUCAACCCGUCGAAUCUAAUCCACUGUUACUGUCCACUCUUUUUCCUCCCACGCCUCGUUUAGUGCCAGCACGGCGGGGAGUUACCCAAAGUCGCUGCCCCAGUCCUGCUCCGCAUCGUUCUAGCGGGUGCGCGCACCAACGCUUCACUGUCAACUCUGCUGGUCAUCCUCCAUCUUCGACUGCCUUCUUCACGGCCUCGUGGAUCCCGCAUCUCUAACCCCAGCGUAGUGACGGCUCGCUCUCUUUUCUCCUCCUGGAAAAUUAGUGAUUUCGACGCCGCUCUUUGGCCAUGGAUAUCGACAUGGGCUCCAGCAACAGUCCUCAGCAGACUCAGUCGCCUACUAAACCCUCCCCGCCCGGAGGUGCUGCUGCUGCCUUGCCUGGAGGUGUGAGCUUCAGAAGGCAAAGAGCUUCAAGAGCAUGCGAGACCUGCCAUGCGAGAAAGGUUCGUUGCGAUGCCGCAAGUCUCGGUGUUCCGUGCACAAACUGCGUUGCUUUUCAAAUCGAAUGCCGAAUUCCAACCCCAAAGCGCAAGAAGACACAGACCGGCAGUACCCAAGCUGGUAAAGACUCUGACAGUGGCGGCGAAGAAAGCGAGCGCGCUUCAGUUCCUGCUCUCAGCGCAAGCUCCUACCAUUCACAGACGCCAAAUAUUUCGCACUCCUCCGAAGGAACGCCUUCGACAACCUUGACAGAGGCGCAAGGUCGAAAGGAUGAUGUCGACAGCGGAACAUAUCUCAACAUGGUGAUGAAGCCAAAAUUCACCCGUGCACCCAUUACAGAAGCUGGCCGUGUCGCUUUCUUGGGCGAGUCAUCCAACUUGACAUUGCUUGUUCAUGAUCGCCAAGGCUCGUCCGAUGUUGUUCACUACCCAUUGCCAGAGAAUAUCCGUGGCUCUCGAGCUAGGCUUACAGAGCUGGACAAUGUGGAAAUCGAAAUUCUUCACAAAAGAGGCGCGUUUUUACUACCGCCACGAUCUCUUUGUGACGAACUAAUCGAUUCGUACUUCAAAUGGGUCCAUCCUAUUGUGCCUGUUAUCAAUCGCACCCGUUUUAUGAAGCAAUACCGCGACCCGAAGAACCCGCCAUCAUUGCUGCUCCUCCAAGCGGUCCUUUUAGCAGGCUCUCGUGUUUGCAAUAACCAGCAACUAAUGGAUGCCAAUGGAUCGACGACACCAGCAGCGUUGACUUUCUAUAAACGAGCCAAGGCACUCUACGAUGCCAAUUACGAAGAUGACAGAGUAACCAUUGUACAAUCCUUGCUUCUUAUGGGUUGGUACUGGGAAGGACCCGAGGAUGUCACAAAGAACGUAUUCUAUUGGAGCCGAGUUGCCACCAUUGUAGCUCAGGGCUCCGGUAUGCAUCGUUCAGUUGAACAGUCUCAACUAAGCAAAUCAGAUAAGCGAUUGUGGAAGAGAAUUUGGUGGAGUCUCUUCACAAGAGACCGAUCCGUCGCCGUUGCUCUUGGUCGCCCAGUUCAUAUCAACCUCGACGAUUCCGACGUGGAAAUGCUAACAGAAGACGACUUCAUCGAGGAUGAUUCAGAGAGAGGUGGUGAAUUCCCGCCCGAUCCGAUCCAUGUCCAAUUCUUCCUUCAAUACGUCAAGCUUUGCGAAAUCAUGGGUCUUGUACUAUCACAGCAAUACUCGGUCGCAUCGAAGGGGCGCCAACGCAACGCAAUUGACCUGACACACAGCGACAUGGCCUUGGCUGAUUGGUUGCAGAAUUGUCCCAAGAUCGUCUAUUGGGAGAUGCCCCGACACCACUUUUGGUCUGCCCUCCUGCACUCCAAUUACUACACAACACUCUGCCUUCUUCAUCGAGCGCAUAUGCCCCCUCAUGGUGCUAGCAAGACGCUUGAUGAUUCGCCGUAUCCAUCCCGAAAUAUUGCAUUCCAAGCCGCAGCUAUGAUUACUUCCAUUGUCGAGAAUCUUGCUGCCCAUGAACAACUCCGAUAUUGUCCAGCUUUCCUCGUAUACAGUCUGUUCUCUGCGCUUAUUAUGCACGUUUAUCAGAUGCGAUCACCGGUCCCAUCUAUCCAACAAGUUACACACGAUCGACUUCGAAGCUGCAUGCAAGCAAUGAAGGAGGUUUCUCGCGUCUGGCUUGUUGGAAAAAUGGUAUACACUCUAUUUGAGUCCAUCAUUGGGAAUAAGGUUCUGGAGGAGCGACUACAAAAAGCAGCUGGAAAACGACACAAGAAGUCACAACAAGCCAUGGCGAACUUGGAGCAGCAUAGCAAGAACCAAGAUGCAUCAAAGCGCAAGUUUGAUGACAUAGCCAUGGACUUUACGGUUAACGUGCCGACGCCCCAAGAGUCUUAUGAACGAUCUAGACCGCAAACGCCAAGUGCAAACAAGACCGAAACCCAGGGUGCGAUGAACCCACCCGCAUCCCCUGCACGCAAUAACGCUUCUGAUACCUUUAUGGGAGGCACCAGCUCGCGACCUCAGACUCGACCUGCUACUCCGUUCAACCCAUCAUUCUCAGUUCCAGCAACACCUCCAGACUUGUAUUUGGUUACCCGAAACUCUCCAAACUUGUCACAAGCAGUUUGGGAGAAUUUCCAGCCAGACCACCUCUUUCCCGAAGGCUCAGCAAUGCCAGCGAUGCACACCAUGUCUCCUCAGCAAAACCACCCCGGUAUUGAUCCUAGUAUCAUGGGGCAGAUGAGCGGUGGUGACAUGCAUGGUGGUCAAGUACCCCCGCAGCAAUUCCGCGACGUUAACCAGCAUGGCAAUGGCAUGGGCGCUCCUAUGCCUGGAUUUUCAAACCAACAGGGUAACCUGUGGCAGGGUAACUUUGACGGCGCGAUGCAGGAUGGCCAAAGCCCGGAUAGCUGGAGCACUGGCUCCGCAGGUGGUCAACCGGUGCCAACUACAUUAAAUGUCGAAGACUGGUUCCAAUUUUUCGGACUACAAGGUGACCCUAACCAGCUGAACUUGGAAGCAUUGAGCGAGAGGAUGCAAUAGAAUGCUUUCUGAUCAAUGACAGCAUAUGGGAGUGCGGAUAUGUACGGUUACUUAUUCGCAAGAGUAGAGAGAAUAUGGCGUCUUGAUGUUUUGUUUUAUUGUACGAGGGCUUGUUUAUCAAUCAACUCAUGUCGCAUACAUGACAUUUUGGGCGAUGGCUGUAGAUAUCUUAAAGGAAUGAUGACUUAGUACGCGAAUUCAAUCCUAGCAUAUAUUGGAGGUGAAAUCCAUUACUUGAAUCUAUUGAAUUAGUGA